GAGUUUUGUGUUUUUAGGGCUUUAACUAGAACUGUAUGCUUAUUGAAGUCUAGGAAACUAAAAAAAUUGCCAAGCAUGCCCUACUUCCAUAUGUAGUCCACCCUUCAGUAUCAGUAACCAAAUACAACAAAACAAAGCAGCCAGAAAAAAAAAAAUAUUGGUGUCCUCGUUGACUACUUUUCUCUUCAUUGUACGUGCCAAUACAUAAUUUGCGGUGUUUUAGACUUUAGCUUGCUCCUCCCAUUGCCCAGACCAUAUCUACGGCUCUGGUUACGCUGGCUCUUUUUAGCAGGGACUCAAUAGGCCUUUUCUUUUAAUGUGCUGCAAUGCUGUAGUCAGAAACCUCUAAGCCAGUCUCUUGGACUGGGUUUUGUCAGAAGGAUUCCAGCUUGCUGCAAGAAGUAUUUUGUACAGGUAGUAUAUUAGCAUACUUUGACUUCACUUUCCAAAGUAUGUUCUCACAACAAGCCUUUCCUUGGUUGGGGGUUAUUAAAGGAAUGUGAGUUUGUCACCAUUUGUGAAAAGUGAACAUUGUUGGGUUCAUUACUUUUUAACUACGGUGACAUUGGCUUUUCCGACUAACAGUUAGCUGCCCAUUGUUCCUAUUGGUACCACACCCUAGUGUGCUGAUGAACCUGUGUGUGGAAAAUUGCUAUGCAGUGGUAGCUUAAGAGCAUUUGUGUCAUUGGAGAACUUCUUAGACAUUGCAAACAGACUAAACAUGUGAACUUAGGUUUAAGUUUCACUCUUGCAAAAGCACGAGGAGUGGGGCAAUAUAGUUUAUGCAAAGUGAAAAGAAAUGCUGUCUUGUUGCAUGCUCGAGGCAGUGCAAAGAGCUCUUUACCUGGCAAACUUGAAUAAGUGCUGCAAGUCACUCAUUGUCUAAGGGACCUUAAAUGGACGUGACCCGUGUAUCCCAAAAAAUAUAUUUUUAAUAAAGCGCUUUCUUUUCUCAACUGACAUUUCUCUCAUAAAUCGUAGAUAAGGCAAACGAGAACUUUGAUUGAAAUUCCUCGAGGUGGGCUUAUCCAAAGGUGUCAGACAUGCCACAAAACAAGGCUGUUCCAUGGGGCAAAGAAAAGGCCACGCAUGCUUGCGCACAGCAAGCGCAGACUCCACCAGUGUACGAGCACCGAUGUGUCACUCUCACGGACAGUUUUUAAGAAGUGGGUCUCAUAUGCCGGAAAGAAGGAUAAUUUCAACCACUAGCGAAAGUAGGUAUCUGCCUCAUUUCCCAACUUACAUGAGCCCUUGGCACACUAUCCUAACACAAGCCUUUGCUAACAGCAUUCAGCUCUGUUGCUGCAGAGAGAAGACACUCGUUUACUAGACCAAGACACCACACUUGGCAGUAGCUUUGAAGGACACGUGGCAUGGAGUAGACAAGCACCGAGAUGAAACCACUCAGGACGUCCCAGGCAGCUGCUCCCCCAAACUGUAUACAGCAGUGCUCACGCCCGAGGGCUUCUCAGACACCUCCUCGGAGCCCCAGCUCAUGAUUGUAACUGAAAGCAAUGAACGUCCCGAGGAAGCCGACAGUUUGUUGCGUGAGGUGAUGGCGAGCCCCACUGUUCGCCGGGAUUCUUCGGUAGAACCCCCUGGAGAGGAAUCUCUGCAGGCGCAAUCCUCAAUGGUCCUCGCCGAUCCCGUGCCUACAAGCACAGAGCCCGAAGAGAGGUCAGACGUGCCGACCCAGGCAACUGACGACCAGGAGCCAGCAGCCAGGAAAGCAGAGGACAAGAGAGUAGACAUCGUCAAGAAGGAGUCGAGGGUUUCCGACAGGAAGCAUGAAGAGAGAAAGGGAGACGUCAAGAAGGAGAGCAAACCAGCCAGCAGGGAAAGGAAGGAUAAGAGGUCCGAUUCGUCAAAAUCAAAGGAUAGUAGUUUUUACUCUAGCAGGUCCGACUCGCACGCGAAGAACUCGUCGUCUAAGAGAAGCAGCUCGGACACCAGUAGGUCUGCAAAGACUUCAAAGUCUAAAACGGAAGAUGGCCUGCCCAGGGACAGCAGAGAUUCGUCCAGGGAAAAGUGUGACCAGGCAAAAGAGAAGCACAGUUCAUCUCGGGAGAGAGCGGACUCGUCCAGGGACGAAACGUCGAGAGACAGGGCUGAUUUUUCCAAAGAAGAAAAAGGAAAGUCGUCGUCGUCGAGCCGAGCGAGCAAGACAAAAGACAGCCGAAGCGAGCGGAGAAGGCCCGAUGACAAGCACCACUAUCGUGGCAGUAGCCAGCAUCAUGAUGACAGGAGGCAUCACGGUAGCAAGUCUUCUCGGGAAGACGACAAGUCCAAGGACAGGUCUGACAGCCACAGGUCACACGGAGAAGGCCGGCGGGACAGGGACAGGUCAUCUACCAAAGAUUCGUCUCGGCAGCACAAAUCGAGCCGAUCCUCUGAGAAACAUUCAGAUGGUUCCAGGGAACCGAGGAAAGACAAAACUCAGGAGAAGGACAAACGGCCAAGUGUCAGCAGGCACCAAGCCUCAGAACCGAAAGAAGGCUCAAGCAGCAAGAAGAUUCCCCAAGACGUAAUCAGGGACACGUUUCAGGUUUUUGAACUGGCUGCUCAGACGGUUUCUGAAGAUGCUUCUGGUGGACCUUCUCAACAAACUUCUGAAGAGGUUUCACAGGAGAUUUCACAAGAUGCCAUGCACGGCACUCUAGAACUCGUUGAAGCAAAGGAAGCCGAGAUAUUAAGGUUUUCAUACGUAACAGAUAAGCAUUCAGGGAAUUGUGAAAUUGAUCUCCAACUGGUGAGCGCGAUACCUACAAAUGAGCCAGAUCUCAAGAAAAGUUCAGAAUUACAUGCAGAAGACGGAACUCAGUUCGAGAGCUGUGAUCCGGCUAUUGCAGAUACACUUACGGAAGUGCCAUGCCUAGUCUCUUCAGAGAAUAUUCCAGUGGACGCCACACCCAAGGCGUCAAAGAAAAAGUUAAAAGGCGAGAAGCGCUCCUCGGACAAAAAGCGUCAGAAAAGAUUGACUUUGGAUGGCCACGAGUCGGAUGGAGCCUGGUCAGACGUCACGGUCAGCUCCGUCCACACCAGCGACCUCUCUUCAUACGACGAUCGCAUCAGUGUGUCGUCCGGUGAAGAAGACGACGAGGCGUCCAAAGAAAAGAAGAGAAUAUCCCUCAGAGAAAUUAAGAAAAUUGCCAGCAGCAGCAACGAAGACGAGGACCGUAUGAGCAAGUCAGAAACGGAGCAAGUCCCAGUCGAGAAAGUCAGCCCAGACAGCACGCCGAUGCGAAAGCCCCCUGACAUUCGGGAGAGCUGCCAAACAGCAACGGAGAGCAGCGUCGUGGAAUUUGCCAGGUCUUCCAGCCCUCCCGGCGUCAUCACCCUUGCCACUGUUGUCGACGCUCCCGUGUCUGCCGCAACAGUCACCGCACCCGCUCAUCCUACCGCUGCGACGCCAGUCGAAAGUCCCCCAGAACCCAAGAUGGGCCUACGGCGGCAGCGUAAAAUCAACCCCAAGUAUGCGUCAGAAGAGUUCUCGUCCAUCUUUACGGAAGGCAGGAGGCCGACUGGAACGAUAGACUUCGGGGCCAAGCAUGCCAGGGAGAAACACCACGAGGACGUGGCAGCACGAGCGGAAUCUCGCAAAGUGUCGCAUCCGCCGCCGUGCGAAGAACCCCACGAAGAGGCCUUCGAGCGUGCUCCCUGUGAGGACAAAGACCAGCCGUUCGACUCUUCGGGUCCGGAGCGCUCGAGGCGGCCUUCCCGCAGGCACAGUGGAAGUGAGCCGCGCCCCAGGUCUGAAUCGAUGUCUUCCAAGCGCUACGACUCGUCGGAUCUGUACAAACCUCGACCCGUCAUCAAAUCUGGCACUCGGCGCAGUCGUCCAUCACCUGCAGCAGCAUUGGAGGCGACGGAAGAAGAGGACGACGAAGAGCAGUUGAUGAUAUCGUCGGACGAGGAGCAUGCAGUCAAGCGAAAGGGCCACAAAGGUCUUAAGGUGUGCAUCGGCUUCAAAAGAGCCGCGGCUCCGCCUGCAAAACGGAGGCGCCUCUAAGACAUCUCUCCCACACACCCCGAGUCACAACAGUCUGCCAGCCAGCGGGCGACGACGCGAUGAACCGGAGUCACGCUGCACAAGGUCACUUUUUAUGUGUCCGUUUUUAUGUGUCUGUUGAACUCUACAGCAGUUUUACACUAGAUGCUUUGUUUGUAGCUGCCUUGCCCGUUGAGAAAGGGCAUUCAAUUAUCCCUUUAUCCAUGUCGGUGCACUUCAAACUUUUAUUUAAUAAAGAGCUCAGAUUUGUUGAGUAAGGCACAAGCAGUCCGACUCGAUGACACUCUCUGCUUUGCGGAGCUGGUAACGAUGGCCACGAGUUUACCGAAGAAGCCACAGCAAAUGUACAAAACUCCGUUGGCAGUGAGGACAACCAGACACUAUUGUCCACCUGCCGACCUCUGUGUUAACACCACAAUUCGCCGGCACAGUCUCGACAGAGAGUGACAGUCUUCGGGAGUAUUUGCAUCCGAGGAAACAAUGAACAGGUCUCCUCGAUACUGAGAUUUGUAGGACUCUACACCAAUGUCGUGGAAGCACUCAGAGUUCUUCGGGCAUGAGUGUGAUGGACAUUUUUCGCUCGGGCCAUGUGUACGUCUUUGGGAGCGUCAACUGCAGGAGGAAAUAUAAGGACACGUUGGGAAUCUGGCGACACGAGUUUAGAUUGGAAGUGCAAAGCUGAUAGCUUACCCCUUCAGCACUGCACAGUUCUUCCAUGCGUGCUGUCAUUUCAGACACCAGGUCUUCCGUUAACAGCACCUACGAACCAAAUGCAAAGUUGCGUGAAGAACUUGCUACUUGGCUUAGUUCGCAAACCCAGCACUGACUGCCAUGUGUCAUUCCUGGUGCCAGAAGGGUCAUAUGAGCAUCAUAAUUAUUAAUCAUAAAACCAGUUAUUGUUACUAGCAAAACAAAACAAAAGCUUCUUCCUAAAAUGAGCAAAGAAUUUGUUUGACAUUUGCUUUGUAGAUGUAUGCAAUAAAAUAAGUAUGCGCA